AUGGCAUCCAUGUACGAACUUGAGCCAUGGUGCGUGCCGGAUUUCCCUGGACACGAGAACGAGACCCUCCAAGGCCCGGUGAUGGGCGACCAGGAGCUGUAUUCCGGCUUCAUGACGGGAACCCACGACUGGAGCUUGACCAUGCAAGAAGAUCCCCAGACGUGGGUGGACGACCACCCGACUUGGGAUGCACAACCCGAGUACCCUAAGGCGAUGGAGACCUAUACCCAGCGAUACCCUCAGUCCUGGGUGGAUGCAGGCCUGACGAUCCACUCCCCUGGCGGGAAAUGGAGUUCCUUCGAAGAGCCCAGCGGAGUAUCCAAUGCAACCUGGAGUCAACGACAAAUGUACACCGACCCAUCCUCUCACGCUGUCGAGCGUCAGCGCUGGAACUCCCUCAUGGCCACUCAACGCGCACUCUUUAUGACCCCCACCGCCCCGGUCAAAAACUUUACGGGAGUCCCCGGUUCUCCUCUUUCCGAUCCUUGCGGCACUCCGGACACAAGCAACGCAUCCUUGGGCUCGUGGGAGCCCGAGCAAGAUGGCGAGGAUCUGCACAGUAUACGAUCACCUCAAUCCUUCUCUCGUCGCGAUGGACCAUCAGAUCUCCCAUAUCUCUCGGCUCAGCCUGCCCAUCAAUGGAAAGACGAGGACUGCUCUGCCACUCUGGAGAUGCCCGACGGCACGACUCGUCGUACUCUCAACUGGCUCCCAGUCGAUACGAGUGCUGGGUUCACCAUCGGAGCAGACCAGCCGGACCACCCCCAGCAGGAACAGGAGAUGCACAAUUUCCAAGACAUGCAUGGCGCAUUCAUUCCGCCAUCUUCUCAAUUCUGGGCGUAUGAUCGUUGA